CUUAAUAUUGGACAGUGUGAUCAGAAGCCUCUUAUUUCUAAAGCUGUAUCUGAAUUUGGAAAAUCAAUUCAGUGAAGUAUGAUAAGCUCUUUAGUACAUACCAUGUAAUAUAUAAUUUAGAAGGUAGGUUAGCAGCUAUCCCCCCUACUGUGGAGGCUUCGCUCAGCGGUCAUUAAUCUGUGCAUUAUUAUUGUCAAUGUCAAAUGUCAAUUAUUGUCAAUGGUAUAAAAAUAUGACAUCAAAUUUAAUAAAUAACAAAUUGACCGUAAUUACAAAUAUAUAUUUAGCAACAAUAAUAAAUAAAAAAUAAAAUGAAUAUAACACUAACCAGCUUGGAAGCUUUGAUAUUGAAAGCAACACAUGAAUCUUUACCGCAACCUGAUGGAGCCGCGAUAGAAGCGUUCUGUGCUAUUAUGCGAGAUGCUGCUGAAGGUCCUCAUCUUGCUGCGCAGGCUCUCGCAUCUCGUAUCCACGUACAAAAUGCAAGAGAAGCAAUUUUAGCAUUGUCUAUGUUGGAUCGCUGUAUGCGUAAGAGCGAUUCCAAUUUUCACGCUGAAAUUGGUAAAUUCCGCUUUUUAAAUGAAAUGAUAAAAUUAGUGUCUCCUAAGUAUUUAGCUGAUAGGACAGCACCUGAAGUUAGGACCAGGGUUCUUCAACUACUUCAUGCUUGGUCAAUCGAGUAUCCUAAGGAGACAAAAUUUAAAGUGGCCUAUGACAUGCUUAAAAAUCAAGGUGUUAUUAAAGAGACACCACAGCCACUUCCACCUGAAGAUGUAGCUGUAACCUCUAGGCCUAGAGCUAAGAAUGCUAUUUUUGAAGAUGAGGAAAAGUCUAAGCUACUUCAGAAACUCUUACAGAGUAAGAAACCUGAAGAUCUACAACAUGCAAACAGAUUAAUUAAAACUAUGGUCAAAGAGGAAGAAAAGAGAAAUGAAGCAAACAGUCGUCGAGCUCAGGAAGUUAGCGCGGCACUAGACAGUGCAGAUCUCUUGAGGGACAUGCUCGACCAUGCUGAGGAGGCCUCUGCUGAUGAAGAGCAGCUCAUUCAUGAAUUACAUGCAAGUUGCACCAGAUUACGACCCGUAUUACAGCAUCUGGCCGCAUCUGAGGCACAAGCUGAAAACCUCAACGAUAUUCUACACGCAAGUGACGUCCUAGAUAAAGUGUUUGAUAAAUACAACAAAUUCAAUGCAGAGAAGAGGAACAGAGUUAGAACUCAAAACGCUCCGGGAGCAAACAAUGACAGCUUAUUAGACUUUGCGGGAGGAACUACUGUGAGAGAGAAUGAGUUAGAAAAUAAAGUAAUAGAUGAGUUAGGUGAUAUAUUUUCGAGUGAGAAUAGUGGCGCUUCAGUGCAGCCACUCAAACCAGUGAAUUUGAUGGACAAUGAUGACACAAGUCUACUGGGCAAUAAAACAAAAAAAGUCGAGGGUUGGAAUGACUUGGAUUCCCUUGGAGAACAACUUCUGAAGCAGUCUUUGCCAGAAAACGCCAAAAGAAUUGAUAAUUUCAAUUAUAAAACAACCAAGAAGAUCCCAAUGAAUGCUUUAGAAAAAUCAUCAUCAAAACAUGAAAUCCCUCAAAGGAAUAGUGAAACUCUUCUUGAUCUUGAUUUCUUCACAAAAAAGCAAGAUGAAAGCACAAACUUAUCGCCAGUUGCUCCUUCUGCCAAUUCCGUAACACCCAAUGAUGACAUAAUGGUUGAUAUAACGGAUACACCAUCAAACAUUUUGAAUAAUAACACAAAAUCUAAUAGUGCAUUAGAUAAAAUAUUAGAUUUAGGUGUUCCAUUAGAAAAUACGAAUAACACUCAAACCACAGACAAUAGAGAAAUAACUAUAGCUGAGGAACAAAAAGAAAAAGUAAAACAUGAAGUGAAGUCCCUAUCUGAUAUAAAUGUUACGUUACAAAGUGUGCAUCCAAGUAAAGUUCCUCCGUUAACUGCAUUUGAGGAAGAAGAUGGAGUGACAGUUGUGUUACAUUUUUGCAAAGAUAAGCCCAGGCCUGAUGUAAAUGUUAUUGUGGUAUCCACAAGGAGUAAGCAUGAAGCUGCUAUAGAAGAUUAUAAGUUUCAGGCUGUUGUUCCAAAGGGUUGCAAGGUCCGCCUGUUGACACCUUCUAGUACUAGCCUGCCCGCGUUUAACCCGUUCCUGCCGCCGCCCGCGCUCACACAAGUUAUGUUGGUGGCGAGGCCCCCCUCCCACCCACAAAUUGAUCUGAAGUUUGUCAUCACUUACACAUGCAACGAUGAUAUGUACUCAGAGAUGGGCGAGGUCAAACAACUACCACUCGACGAUGUAUAGUCGACAUGCACGCUCUGACAUUGAGCUCAUGCUUAUUGUUAUUAAUAUCGAAUUGUCAGUUGUCAAUUGGUUAAAAAAAAAAACGUGAGAAGGUAUAAGCAUGAGUUCUUUCAGCUUUGUGUUUUAUUUUCUUGUGUAUUUAUAGUUUCACUUAAUGAACAAACGCAAUGACUGUUUAUUUUAAAUAUAGGUUAAGUUUUAUUUGUACUUCGAUUUAAUUUUAUACGUCGAUUCUAGUCCAAAAAAUCUAAAUUGCAUUUAUGAACAUUCCAUGUGACUUAAUUAGAAUUUAUUUUGAUGUUGGAAUACAGUAUUAUGUAUAAGAGAAUCUAUUAUAAUAUGAUAAUUUUAUGAGUCCUAGUAUUGGUGUUGUGUAGAAAUUAAUGUGAUGCAUUUAUUAUGUACAACAUAAAAAAUCAAGUUCUGACUACAGUGCAAUAGACAUUCGGAGAUGUUUUAUGCUUAGUAUAAAAAUGUUAAAAAUAAAAAUAUAUUAUCUGCUUAGAAAUGUAUUUUA